AUUCCCAUAAUUGUGUUCCGGGGUCGAUCCGGGCUGAUCUGUCAGAAAAUCUUCAGUUAGUAUCGGUUUUUCCUUUCACAUUCAUAUAGUUAUCACACGGACGACUGAGGGAGUGUGUGAGGGAUUUUGUCAGAAGGAGAGACGCUUUGAACACGGCACCGAGAGGACGUCUGUAAACAUGAACUUCUUCAGAGGAGUGAUGGGUGGGCAGGCAGCCGGGCCGCAGCCGUCCGGAGCGGAGACGAUUCAGAAGUUGUGUGACCGGGUGGCCUCCUCGACGCUCCUAGAAGACCGCAGAGAUGCUGUCCGGGCUCUCAAGUCCCUCUCAAAGAAAUAUCGCAUGGAAGUUGGCACACAGGCAAUGGAUCACCUGAUUAACAUACUGCAAACCGACAGGUCUGACUCUGAAAUCCUUGGUUAUGCUUUGGACACACUUUACAACAUCAUCUGCAAUGAUGAGGAGGAAGAACAAGAUGAAUCAGAAGACGCAGUUACCCCUCUCCCUGCUUCAGGGAAGCAAAAGAAUGUUUCCAUGCCUGAUGAGGCUGCCCAGAAGCAGGCUGAUGACCUGGGUGCCCAGUUCACAGACCAGUUCAUUCAGGACCCUGAACAUGUGACUCUGCUUCUCACUCUGUUAGAGGAGUUUGACUUCCAUGUACGCUGGCCCGGGGUGAAGCUGUUGACUGCUCUCCUGAAGAACCAGGGUCCCCAGGUGCAGGGUAUCAUUCUGGUGAGCCCCAUGGGUGUUUCCAGAUUGAUGGACUUAUUGGCAGACUCCAGAGAAGUAAUCCGAAACGAUGGCCUCCUGUUGCUCCAACAGCUGACCAAAAGCAAUGCUGCCAUUCAGAAAAUUGUGGCAUUUGAAAAUGCAUUUGAGCGUCUUCUAGAUAUCAUCACAGAAGAGGGCAGCAGUGAUGGAGGCAUUGUGGUGGAGGACUGUCUGCUGCUGCUGCUCAACCUGCUGAAGAACAACAGCUCCAAUCAGAACUUCUUCAAAGAGGGCUCCUACAUUCAGAGAAUGAAGCCCUGGUUUGAGGUCGGUGAUGAUAACUCUGGCUGGUCUGCUCAGAAGGUCACCAACCUCCACCUCAUGCUGCAGUUGGUGCGAGUCAUGGUGUCUCCAGUGAACUCUCCUGGAGCUACAGCCAGCUGUCAGAAGUCCAUGUACCAGUGUGGGCUGCUGCAGCAGCUGUGCACCAUCCUCAUGGCCACUGGCGUGCCUGCUGACAUCCUCACUGAGACCAUCAACACUGUAUCAGAGGUCAUCAGAGGCUCACAGGUCAACCAGGACUACUUUGCAUCUGUCAACGCUCCUUCAAACCCACCAAGACCUGCCAUUGUAGUGCUGCUCAUGUCCAUGGUGAAUGAGAGGCAACCAUUUGUGCUUCGCUGUGCAGUACUCUACUGUUUCCAGUGUUUCCUGUACAAAAACCAGAAAGGACAGGGGGAGAUUGUGGCUACGCUGCUGCCCUCCACCAUUGAUGCCAAUUCCAUCUCAGCGGGCCAGCUGCUGUGUGGAGGCCUGUUCUCAGCAGACUCUCUGUCCAACUGGUGUGCCGCUGUGGCCUUGGCUCACGCCCUGCAGGACAACCUCACUCAGAAGGAGCAGCUGCUGAGGGUCCAACUGGCCACCAGCCUGGGAAAGCCCCCCGUCUCCCUGCUGCAGCAGUGCACCAACAUCCUCUCCCAGGGAGAUAAGAUCGUCCGGCGGGGCAGUAAAGUGCAGACCAGAGUGGGCCUCCUCAUGUUGCUGUGUACUUGGAUCAGCAACUGUCCGAUCGCUGUCACACACUUUCUGCACAAUCAGGAAAAUGUUCCCUUUCUGACAGCACAGAUCUCAGAGAAUCUGGGAGAGGAUGAAAGGCUGGUGCAGGGUCUUUGUGCCCUGCUUCUCGGCAUCUGCAUCUAUUACAACGACAACUCGCUGGAAAACUACACCAAAGAAAAGCUAAAGCAGCUCAUUGAGAAACGCAUUGGAAAGGAAAACUUUGUAGAGAAACUGGGCUUCAUCACCAAACAUGAACUGUACUCGCGGGCGGCUCAGAAGCCGCAGCCCGUCUUCCCGUCUCCGGAGCAGAUGCUGUUCGACCACGAGUUCACCAAGCUGGUCAAAGAACUAGAGGGUGUGAUCACCAAAGCAGUUCAUAAAUCCAGUGAGGAGGAGAAGAAGGAAGAGGAGGUGAAGAAGACAUUAGAACAACAUGACAACAUUGUAACGCAGUAUAAAGAGCUGAUCAGAGAACAGGAUGCUCAGAUCCAGGAGCUGAAGGAGCAGGUAGCAUCCAUGACGACUCAGAACGAGCAAAUGCAGAACACAGUCACCCAGCAGCUGUCCCAGAUCCAGCAGCACAAAGAUCAGUACAACAUCCUCAAGCUAAAAUUAGGUAAGGACAACCAGAGUCAGUCUAACAGCCAAGGAGAGAGCUCUCAGGUGAACGGGCUGCAGACGGAGGAGCUCACACAGCUCAGAGAGGAGGUGGAGGAGCUCCGCAAGCAGCAUUCACUCCUUCAGACACAACUCAGUGACAAAGAUGCACUCAUCAACACCCUGCGGUCAGAGAAAACAGAAGGUUCAGCAGCAGGAUCAGACAACACAGAACUGCUCAAGGAGCUGGAGGCUCUGAGGAGUCAGGUUCAGUCUCAGUCGGCAGAAAUCACCCAGAUGAAGACAGAGAGACAAGAGCUGCUCAGAAGAGCUGAAGCCGGGUCUUCGGACGCAGUCUCCAGCAGUGACGGUUCAUCAGAUGCUGCCAAGAUAGCAGAAGUAGAGAGCAGACUGGCAGCACAGACAACCGAGACAGAGAAACUCAAGGAGGAGGCUAAGAGCCUGUCGCAGAGUCGGGCAGAGCUGGAGCAGCAGCUGGCCUCAGCCAACAGCACGGUGGCCAUCCUGCAGACGGAGAAAACAAAGCUGCAAACAGAGGUGCAAGAGUCCAAGAAGGAGCAGGACGACCUGCUGAUGCUGCUGGCAGACCAGGACCAGAAGAUCCACAGCCUCAAACAGAGACUCAAAGACCUCGGAGAGACGGUGGACGAUGAAGACGACCUGGAUGCGCGGGACCAAACAGACGACGACUACGAGGAGGAUGAAGAUGAGGACUAGAGGAAAAAACACUGAAAGAAAAGAAAAGGAGAAAUGGGAAUAUUUGUCUGCCAACAGGCGAGAGAAGAAACUUUGCAGAAACACACCUGAGAAACUGAAGAGUAGGACUAAUGUACUGGUGCAGUUUCUCUCCCCAGCUGCCAUGCGAUCUUCAUUUUUCUUUACCUCCUUGUCACGUCACAUGUACAUGUUAGUUGUUUGAAUAUUUUUUUCCCCAAGGAUUCAGUUUUCAGUGACGGCGGAAAUAUUUGGACAUGUCAGUGCAUUCAUCUCUGCUACUUUUGCCAUCAGCUUGUGAUGGAUUUUACCAGUCUUGUGUUUAUUGUAAUGUACCGUCAUAUAGUUUGUAAUCACAAGAGAACGCUAGGUUAGUAUUUACACACAAGUCAUCUGGAACAUUUAGAGAGGAGGAUUUAAGAUGUAGCAAAAAAAUGCAACCGUAAGCAGAUUUGUUAUUAUUCUCGUUUUAUCAUAAACACGAUGCAGCCGUUAGGAAUCUCUGCAACCUUGAAUUUAUUUUCACACCUCUUUGGUUUGAGUUCAGUGUGUAUUUCAACACUCACUUUUUCCAUUUCACUUCGACGACACACCCUAACCGCUCUACAAUAUGCUGCAAAAACACUGACAGAAAACAUGUAAAGACAAAAAAGAUAUUUUUGCAACUUUUUGUCCAGUACUGGCAUCCAGCUUCUGUAUGAUACUGUGUAACUUAUCAGUUUAUGAACCACGUUGAGAUGAAUAAAGAAUCUAUCAGUCUGAAUGCCUGAAUGGAGGUAUAAUUGUAGAUAAAUAAUUAAAUUUUACUAAAUCCACAGUGA